AUGUUGCCACUCACGGGUGGGUACGAUGGGGCAUGCACGAUUUUCAAAGAUCUAUUCGGGCGCUCACACGAGGAUGUGCGCUCACUUUCAGAUGUAUUGUUGGAGGGUCUCAACACGAAUAACGUGGAUACUGAUGUGUUGGCUUAUUUGGAUAUUCGAAUGGAAAGCUGUGUGAUCGCCCUGAAACAAAUGGGUUACACGGUUGAUCUUAAUUUGCUUAGCACGUUCGAACAAAUAAAGAGUUGCCGUAUUCUGUGCAGCAUAGGUUGGGCGAUUUUCGGACCCUCAAGGUUCACUUCGUAUGAAAUGAAAUCGGUCAACUGCUUGGCUGCAGAAGACUCAAAUCUAGUGCAUCAGGUAAUGCAAAUGUACGAUGCAGAAUUAACAAACGCCCAGUUAUUAGAUCAAGGCAUUUCCAUAGACGAUACAGAGGCCAUGGGUAUUGUAGAGUCCGGUACAAUGUUCGUCGAUGGGCACUUCGUGGUCCCUCUGCCAUGGAAGAAGGGUGUCAAUACCGGUGUGAGAAAAUAUGCGUCAGCGCUCUCGAGGUUGAACAGCCCAAAGCAUCGCUUAAUUAUUGACGAGGGGCUACGGUUCCGUUACGCACAAACGAUGAAGAUGACUACAGAGAAAGGAUAUGCCGUACCAGUCUCAGGGGAACAGUUACACUGCGACUUUCAUCCGAGUUGA